AUGUUAGAAGUUUCUCCCGUCUCCACGCCACUCGCCUCCACUGUCUCUUUAUCCCUCCAUGAUGGCACUUGUCCCAUUGAUGCUACGCGGUUUCGGCAAGUUUUGGGUGCUCUGCAGUACCUCAUCUAUACCCGUCCAGAAAUUGCCUUCUCCUUCAACAAGCUCUCCCAGUACAUGCAUUCCCCAUCCUCCCAUCAUUGGCAGUGCCUCAAACGCUUACUUCGCUAUGUUUGUGGUACUAUCUCCUACAGCUUGGCCAUCAGGGGAUCCUCCCUUCCUAUGCGUGUGACGGCCUUUGCCGACUCUGACUGGGCAGGCAACCUUGAUGAUCGCACCUCAACUUCGGCCUAUCUAGUGUACUUGGGAUCCACUCUUAACUCCUGGCGUUCUCAGAAACAACGAACAGUUGCUCGCUCAAGUACUGAAGCAUAA